AUGUCAACAGGCAACUUAGGAAAUCUCCCUCUUAUUAUAAUCCCUGCGGUUUGUAAAGAGAGAGCGAGCCCCUUUGGAGAUCCUGAUGUUUGUCGCACUAAUGGAAUGGGCUAUGCUUCACUUUCAAUGGCAAUAGGCGCAAUUUAUCUGUGGUCGUAUGUAUACAAUGUCGUUAGAGUCUCUACAAUAAACUCAAUGGAAGUUGAAAUAGUGGACUCUCCUAUGAGUAAGUCCCGAAGAGAAGGCUCAUCUGCUGGAUCAGCCAGUAAUGGGGCAAGAGAACCUUUACUUGAUUCAAGCAAUGAAGACCGUGAAAUUGUACUUACUUUGCCACCAGAUAGGUUUGGAAAUAGACCUCAGGUGUCCUUUUUAGAUAGUGUGAAAGAAUGCUUCGAGAAGCUCUUCGAAAAGAUGAACCUGAAGAAAUUAUUUGCACCUUCGACAACAGGAGCGAUUGUUGGGUUUGCAGUCGGACUUGUGCCUCAAAUUCGACAACUGCUAAUUGGUGAUGCUGCCCCUCUUCGUGUACUCCAAGAUACUGCUCUCUUCCUUGGGGAUGCCGCUGUUCCAUCUAUCACACUGAUCGUGGGUGGGAACCUUUUGAAAGGUCUGAAAGGUACAGCAAUUCAGAAGUCCAUUAUUUUCGGCAUCCUAGGUGUUCGAUACAUUGUCAUGCCUCUGCUAGGCAUUGUCAUUGUUAAAGGGGCAGUCCGUUUUGGUUUUGUGCACAAUGAUCCUCUUUAUCAAUUUGUCCUCCUGCUGCAAUUUUCACUUCCACCAGCGAUGAACAUAGGAACAAUAACUCAACUGUUUGGUAUGGGGGAGAGUGAAUGCUCUGUGAUUAUGCUGUGGUGUUAUUCAGUGGCUUCUGUGGCUUUAACACUCUGGUCAACAUACUUUCUGUGGCUUGUGUCCUGA